UAAUUAAACUAGGUUUUUUUCAUAGUUCACGUGACCCGAUCGUGCAUUUAUUAACGCGUUGAAUUUCAUGUUUUGCAAGAUUAAGAUACUAAACCAUCGUUACAUGGCUAUUCGCGCCAAAUGCAUGAUUUUUAAGGAUUCUCGUCAAACAAAAUGAUAAAAUGCAUUAUUUUCGACCAAUUCCCCUCGACUUAAUAUUUUAUUAACAUCGUUUCCUAUUAAGGUACAAGUUGCAUGUUUCAAAAAAGGAGGAGCAAUCGCAUUAGAGAGGACAGGAGGCAUUUAAGGGUCCCCGUCUGCCCCCUUGUGGUUUCACAUCAUGCUGUGUGGAAAAGAAAUGGACGGAAUGAAUGGAGUAGUUUAAAUAAUCUUGAAACGAUUUAGUUGCAGCAAUGUUAUUUAGUCCUAAUAUCUUGACCCCCUGUAUUUUAUUUUACAGCAUUAUAAUCUCACCCUUAAACCGAAUCCCAUUGAAAGCAUGCGAAAUCUCUCCUUCAAACCAUGGAUUUACCCGUUUCCCACUCCCAGUGUUUGUUAAUUUAUAGUGUGCAAGUCCAUUCAUCUCAUAGAUGACCCACAUUCAUGUAUCGUCCCCUCUGUGGUUUCCUGUUAUGUAAUAUCAUCCCCAUCAGACUGCAUCAUCCUCACAGUGUUUGCUGCUUGGCUUGUGUGAGCUCGCAUGGGAAAGCCUAUAUAUAGAAGUAACACAACACAAGUGUGAGGCUUGGCAGAGUGAAAAAGGUUACCCGCUCUGACGCGUAAGGAAACAUGGAUGGAUCUUCAUCCUCGCUGCAGUAUGGAUCCAAAAAGCGUGUUAAGAUCCACCCCAACACGGUGACAGUCAAAUACGCCACACACUUCCCCCAGCCCGGCGACGAGGGCUACGAUGACGCGCCAUCUUUUGAGGAGUUUGGCGCCUUCGCGGAGGCUAACACGGGAAAGAGACUGGUGUCGGAGAGCAAAGGUAGCAGGACUUUGUUUGGCACCAUGGAGACCCAGCCCAAGCAGCCAAGUGUGCAAAGAGACAAGGGGGUCGGGGGCCAGCUGGCGAGCUUCGGGGAGGCGAAUGUGUUGGCCUCCAGAGUGACCUGGAUGGCUCUGUUCGGGGCAGCGGUGGCUCACGGCUGCGUGGCUCUGAUCACUCGUCUAGCAGCCGACCGCUCCAAAGUGCCCUCCCUGGAGCUGCUCUUCAUCCGCUCCGUGAUCCAGUUGCUCUCCAUCCUGGUGGUCUUCUACUACCACGAGGCGCCCUUUGGCCCUAAGGGCUACCGGUUGCGACUCUUCUUCUACGGUGUGUGCAAUGUAAUCUCAAUCACCUGCGCCUACACCUCCUUCGCAAUAGUACCGCCCAGUAACGGCACCAUCAUGUGGCGGGCCUCCACCACGGUGUUCAGCGCCAUCCUGGCCUUCCUGCUGCUGGACGAGAGGCUGGGCUACACCGAUGUGGUCACGGUGGUGGGCAGCGUGUUCGGCCUGUGCCUGGUCAUGGUGCCCAACGUGGCGGACGAGGAGAAGUCCAGGCUGACGUUCUGGAAGGAGGCCUUUGGCUACACAAUGACAGUGGUGGCCGGCCUGACCGCUGCCCUCUCCAUGAUCGUCUACAGAUCCAUCAAGGAGCGAGUGAGCAUGUGGACGGCACUCUUUACCUUCGGCUGGACAGGCACGGUGUGGGGAGCCUCCACUAUGUUCGUCAUGCAGGAGCCAAUCAUUCCUCUGGACGGGGAGACCUGGGGCUACUUAAUUGGGAUCUGUAUCUGCUCCACCGUGGCGUUCCUCGGAGUCUACUAUGCUCUAAACAAGUUUCAUCCAGCCUUAGUGAGCACGGUGCAGCACCUGGAGUUCGUGGUGGCCAUGUUCCUCCAGCUCAUCGUCCUGAGGAUGGUGCCGACCGUGUAUGACGUGAUGGGAGCGCUGGUGGUCAUGGUCAGUGUGUUCACCCUCACGGGGCUCAAGCUGUACCGCGUGAGCCGGGCCGUGCGGCAGGAUUACCAAGAGAUCCUGGACUCGCCCAUCAAAUGAGAUGUCAGUCUGUUUGUUUACAAUGUUGCUUGGUUGUGCAAUUUAAAGAAUGUCUGGAUCUCCAUCUGAUGAUUUUUUGUAUUGUUGUGUUGUCGGAAGGGUGCCAGUUUGUGUGUAAUGUCUUAAUAUUUGUGUGUGAAAUAAAAGACAAAUGUGA